AUGUCAAGCAGGGCGGAUGAUGCGUCAACUUUGCAAACUGCAGAAGAUGAACAGACAUUCCUGGCUCGAAUGCAACUACAACUGCAACACAUACAAACCCCUUCCCCCGGGGAUGGUUCUUCAUUAUCCAAACUUGCUACAGAUACGAACAGUGCCCCACCAAUAGGUGGACUUGCAUCUAACAGCUCCGGUGGAGGGGGAAGUGCCGGUAGCGGAUCGACGCCCAGUUCCACACUGACAGACAAAGAAGCCGUUCUGAGCAGCUUUUUCAAUUCAUUACUGACACGCAAAAAUUUGAGCUGUGAGAAUAGUCCAAGUUCCUCACCUGCUCCGCCCUCUACCAUUUCGUCCAGACAAUCAGCCAUGCUUAGAAAACUAUCUGCCACGUCUAAAACCGCUGGGGGAUCUGGGGACCCAAUCGGAAAAAGAAUAGCGUCUCCAGAACCAACCUCGGAAAAAGAGAAGAAAAAGGACCCAGAAACUCAUAAAUCGGUACCGCUGGAAACCAAAUCCCCAGUGGAUGUCACUGAACUGAGUGACACCAGGAAUGAAAUAUUUCCAAUGAAAAAUAAACCGGAUCCAAUACAGCCAGGAACCCUUGCCUGUGGUGAUGAAAGCUUACCCAAAAAUGAAGCAAAACUAUACAUCGCUCCAGGAACCGGUUCUGAAUCCAUGGUGGAAACAAACACUUCCAAAUUGUCUUCGGAUGCUCUGUCAGCAAAAGAUCGCCAAGAAUGUGAGCAGACAGCCAAGCUAUUAAAACCUUCUGUGAGCAAGCAACCGAGGAAUGAAUCAAACAAGGAGUUAAUCAGUGAGACAGAUCUUCUUAAAGCUACUCCUAUCAGUUUGCCAGACCAAACUAGACCAGAUAUCCAAGAGGGAUUGGCAAAAGGAAGUGAAUGCCAAACAGAUGAACUGCAAAAUAUUAGAGCUAUGGAGGAUGCAGCACCGGGGAUCAUAUCAGAGAUGCAGUCACCAACAUGUGAACUAGUUUCAGUUGAAAACUCUAAAGAAACAGCAAAAACUGACGAAUUAAAAGAAGAGGGCGAAUUAACAAUAGAAAAUCAAGAAACGAUUGGACCUUUGGAAGUAGCUGAAGUUGGGCAGAAGUCUAAAAGUAAGUCAGUCACAGGUGUCGAAGAAAAAUCACUUCAGGUAAAAGAAAAUGACUGUCCGGAGAAUGAAAAUCGCAGUGAAAAGCAAUGUCCGUUUAACGAAAGUCACAAAACGGAACAAUGUGCCCCAAACGAAGAGCAUACAUUGCAUAACACAACGGAAUACAUAGAUGCGGGAAAUCGUGAAGGCCAAACCGAAGAAUCCAAGCUACAUAUUCACACAGUAGGCAAGCCACCAGCUGAAGACGUUGAUUCAGAGCCCAAUGCGGUCAAAAACACGGAUGUGGAAGAUUCGACGGUAGUGAGAAGUGAUACGAUUGAUGCGGAAGCAUUGGAUUCGAAGGUGUCAGUGCCAAAAACGAAAGAAGAUAAAGCUGUUCUUGAAAGGUCGAGCAUGGAAAAAGGUGAGGUGAAAAAUAACAGAGCGAAAUUCAUGGAAAAAUCACCAAGUCAGGUAUCUUUGGUUCAAUCUGAGCACAAGGAAAUUCCAGAGAACGUUUCGUCUGCAGAUAAACAGAUGCACGAGUCGAAAACAGCUAAAACGGAAGAAAUGGAUCACGGUGAAGAACAAGUGGAGCUUGACAGAUACGAACAAGAUGCAAAACCGACGGCAUUUGCCUCAGUACCGUGCAAAUCUCCAGAGUCCUCUUCGGAGAACAAUCUCACAGAGGGUGAAAAAGAUGACAGAUCACAAGGAACUGCCAAAGCGGUGGACAAUAAGGAACUGACACAAGACACGAAGGUUGAAAACAAAAAAUUGAAGAGCACAGUGAUUUUCACCCAAAGUAAAUCCACUGCAGAAUUAAAAAUAAGCGACGCGAAAGAGUCACAGCAGGUCACACAAGAUGAACAAUCGCCACAUGCACAGUCCUUUGGAAAAGACAGUGAUCGGGAAUCGAUAGAAAAGAAAAACUAG